AUGACACAGCAGUUGCGAAAAGACCUGGAUCAGUUCGAAAAGGACCCGGUUGGCGCUCAACUGUCGUUGAUUGGACAGAUCACAACAACUACAACCAACCUGUCUAGAACCCUUCAAGACUAUGAGGACUACAUUGUCAAGCAAACGUUGAGUUUGAACGAAACACAGAAGAUCAAGAACGAAAACAGACUUUCGAGUCUGAAAAACGAGUUGCUAGAGUACAAACUAAAGGCCCAAUCGUUGAAGAAACAGCGAGAAGAAGGUCUUGCUGAAGUUAAUAGAAACCAGCUGUUCACGAACCGGUCCACGGCCAUCUCCGACAACCCGUACGAAGAAACGGGAGUGUCGUCGGUGACAAAUAGAGUCGGCCAAAGUCGACAGGAACAGUACUCGGGACUCUCGAUGCAAGAAGGGUUGCAGAAAGAACAGUCUAUUUUGGAAAAGUCCAACCAACAGCUGGACGAUAUCCUAGAAAUGGGCAGAUUAGCGUUCGACGAUCUUGUUGAACAGAACGAGGUUGUCUUGAAGAUGAAGGACAAGAUGUCAUCAAGUCUUCAAACUCUUGGAGUUUCCAACGCUACCAUCAGACAGAUCGAGAAAAAGGCAUUUGAAGAUAAAUGGAUUUUUUACGUUGGAGCUGCUCUCACGUUCUAUGUCAUGUACCUGAUUUGGAGAUAUCUGGGCUGA